GAUGGAAAGGAUUGAUGGUUUUAAGUACCGGAUUGCACCGAUAGAUGGGCGGUUACCUUUUUUUACGCUAAUUGCAGAUGUAUCGUCAUCGAGCUGCCCCGGCAAAGAAAACAAGCGGCUCUGCAGCAUAAUCAGCUCCAUCAGCCGUUUGGCUAGAAGAAAGCUAGCUCGCUGCUCAAGGGGGCGAACCGCUUGCGCAUCAAAGGACGACCUAAAUUUCAAAUUGACACAAUUUUAAAGAAAGCAAGACAUUUUACUCGUUAAGGUCGUGUAUAAAUCGAGAGGGGCGAAGGUAAAGGUCAAGACACCAGCCCAAACAGAGCCCAGCCCCAGUGUCACACAUCAGACGACAGCCCUGCACACAGACGCUAUGGAUCGUUCAUCCUCAGCCUCCAGCCUGAUGUCCAGCAGCAAUGUCACCAACAAAACCGACCCACGCUCCCUCAACUCGCGGGUCUUCAUCGGCAACCUCAACACGCUGCUGGUCACCAAAGCAGACGUGGAGGCCAUCUUCUCCAAAUACGGCAAAAUCGUAGGCUGCUCUGUCCACAAGGGCUACGCCUUCGUUCAGUACUCCAAUGAGAGGAACGCCCGGGCCGCCGUCGCCGGGGAGGACGGGAGGAUGAUUGUCGGUCAAGUUCUCGAUGUGGGGAUGUGCUCCUCAGACAUCAACCUGGCCGGAGAACCCAAACCGCACCGAUCAAAAACCACCAAGCGCUCAGCUGGUGACAUGUACAGUAGCAGUUCAUCUUUUGACCUCGAUUAUGACUUUCAGAGAGAUUAUUAUGACAGAAUGUAUUCGUACCCGUCCCGCGUCCCCGCACCCCCUCCUCCUCUGUCCCGAGCUGUGAUCCCGUCCAAACGCCCGCGGGUCAGCCUGAGUGGAGGAAGCAGCCGGCGAACUAAAAGCAGCUUCUCUUCUUCCUCCAAAAGUAGUCAGAGGACUUCAUCGUCUAGAACAAUGCGAGCAGAUGAGCUGCAGACUAUCAAACGCGAGUUAACUCAGAUUAAAAGUAAAGUAGACGACCUGCUGGAGAGCCUGGAGCGUAUGGAGAAGGACCACAGCAAGAAGUCUGAAGCUAAGAGCAUAAAAACCGAGCCAGGAGAGGUGACUUCACCUCCACACUCCAGCAGCAAGAAGGACGACGGGCUGAAGAGAGAGCGCGAGAGCCAGGACAUGAACGACUCCGAUGAAGAGGAGGAGGAGGAAGACGAAGGAGACCUGCUCGAAGAAGAAGAGGUAAAAAGCCAAGAACGGGAGGAAGAAGAAGAAGAAGAGGAGGAGGAAGA